UGUAUCCAAACAUUGGAAAGUUUAUCCAACAGAUAGCAUUGAUCUUAUUAUGUCAUUUUAUGGUGCUACUAGCUCCAUUAUGCUCUGUCUAGUUGUCUUGUCAAUAAUUGUGACUGCGGUUCUUGGAUGUAAUUCUGCCCUUCAUCGGUACCCUCCUCCUGUAACAUCUGUCUCUCAAGGUCAUCUGCGGGGUACAUGGGUCAACACCAGGGGCGGUCGCAGUGUAGCAGCCUUCUUGGGAGUUCCGUAUGCCACUCCUCCUAUAGGCUCUCUGCGAUUCAAAACUGCUGUCGAACUAAAGCCUUGGAUGGGAGUUUAUGAUGCAGGAAGUGAUGGACCUGCCUGUAUACAACGUAGCCUAUCUGCCAAGAUUCCAUUGAUGCCUACCACUUAUGGCAGUGAAGAUUGCCUAUACCUUAAUUUGUUUUCACCAAAUAUAACACCCGAAGCAAAACUUCCAGUCGCAGUGUUCAUUCAUGGAGGGUAUUUUGAAGUGGGAGCCAGCAAAUCAUUUUUGUACGGGCCACAAUAUCUCCUGGAUGAGGACAUUGUUCUGGUUACUGUUAACUACAGAUUGGGAAUCCUGGGUUUCUUGUCCUUGGAUGACCCAGCGUUACCCGGUAACCUCGGACUUAAGGAUCAGAGAGCAGCACUUAGGUGGCUGCGAGACAACUUAUCUCAGUUUGGAGGUGACCCUCAAGCUGUCACAUUGUUUGGAGAGAGUGCAGGAGCUGCUAGUGUUCAUUACCACAUGAAAUUUACUGCUCACGAAGGUUUGUUUAGGGCAGGUAUAUGCAACAGUGGAUCUGCUUUGGCUCCCUGGGCCCUUCAUCAGUCAAGCUCGCAGCGUGCUCUGGUGGAGUUGGUGGUGAAACACACUAAUUGCCCUCAAACCCCAAAACAGCUUCUUGACUGUCUUCGACAGCUGCCAUCCUCACAAUUUCAGGAGCUGUUGCACAUCGCCAAGCGGAAUGACAUUUCCUUGCAAGAGAGGGUGACAAUGGUGGGUCCAGUAGUAGAGGUGGAGGGAGUGACGGACCCUCUGGUCACACAACACCCCUGGAAUCUGACGACUCACCUUCCAUUUUUACUGGGGUCCAAUGAAAUGGAGGGACUGUUCUGGCUUGUUGAUAUUGAGAAAGAUAAAUCUGACAAAAAAUUUGAAAAGCUCAGUUUGAACUACAGCACUAUAUUGCCUUUUAAUUUACAUUUCGACAACACACAAGAUCCCUCUCGGAUGGCUGCAAAACUCAGACAAUUCUAUUUUAACAAAGGAAACAUAGAUCGGAAACACUUCAGUAAACUGGUGGACCUGUUCUCAGAUGCAUUGUUCAACUAUGACCUAGUUCAGUCUGCAAGACAUAGCAAAGGCAAAACAUACUUCUACCAAAUGAAUUACCGAGGAUCCAACUCAGUUGUAAAUCUUCUGGGAAGUAAGAGCAGAUAUGGUGUUUCACACUUUGAUGAGAUGUUUUACUUGUUUCCUAUCGGAGGAUUGCUGUUAAGAAAUGAAACUGCAUCUGACAUUCUGCUCUCUAAACAGUUGGUAAAGAUGUGGACUAACUUUAUAAAAUACCUAGACCCAACUCCCAAAGGACUACCAGUGAAGUGGGAAUCAGUGUCAUCUCCCGAUAUAGAAUAUCUCAACAUUGGACAAGAUGGCUUCAGGAUGGAGAAAGGCUUUUUAAAAGAUAGAGUGAACUUUUGGGAAUCACUUUUAAGUAAUGAACUGAAAUUGAACUAAUAAAACUAUUGUAUUA